UUUUUUUAAAUUCCAUUGGAAUAGUUCACCUUUUAAAUAAUUAAUUUAAGAAAAUGCUAUCGGUCGCCUGAUAGGCCGGGAAUAGGUUGUUUACCUUUUCUGAAGAUAAAACAUUCCAAUAAACGAAAUGGUGAAGGUACAAUAAUUAGAUUCACUUUACAAUUACACUGGCUACAAAAAUGAAAUUUUUACUCUAAAAUGUUCGAAGUACUACAGCAAACAAACAUCAAUCAACUGUCAUACACUCGUAUCCGCAAUUGCAUUCCGUCAUCGUUGUGUUCGGCACAUUAGAAGGGCACAAACGGUAAAUCGCAACUCGCUUUCCCGAUUGCUGCCGACUCGUUCUAACGUUUUCAUCGUUCUCUGAUUAACUUUCGCAACCCGAUUGCCACUGUUUCGAGUGCGCACACCGCAGUAGAACGGAAUAAAGAAACAGCUUGCCGUAAAACCGGCUUAUCACACCUUUUCUCCCUGGUCGAAAAAAUCCCCGCUGGUCAGUCGAAAUGUGGCGAUCGACACGAUCGUCGGCAGUCAGUUAGUCUACAUUCGUCAGCCGAUCGUGUCUGUUGAAUUUCACGUGCCUAAAGUGGAACCUUAUUCGUUAAUUAGCAUAUUCUAACGAUGAUCCCCCGGUUACCAAUACUCGGAGGAUGUUUACUUCUACUACUGAUAGUUGUUCAGGAUACCCAACAAGAAUGUAUGACCCCGACACGCAAACAUGGCUCGUGUCUGUCAAUCUACGACUGCAACAGUAUACUGUCCUUCUUUGGUCAUCGUCUUUUGUCCUGGGAGGAACGUGAGUUCCUGCGGCUCUCGGCCUGUUCGGGGGCCCCAUCUGGUCGUUCGCCCUUCGUUUGCUGCCCGGAUAAGGUAACGAAAUUGCCGGGCGUACCUGCUCAACCAUCGACGACCCACCAGCCACCGGCUGUGGAGAUAACAUCGACAAGCCCCCCGGCACAGACGACACAUGAACCACCAGUUGUGAACAUACCAUCAACAAACCCCCCGCUAGAACCGAAAAAUCGUGCCGAAAUCAGCGGCGGUGUUUUACCGGAUCCUAAAAAGAACGAAUGCGGUGUUAGCAUCGGGAUGCGAAUCUAUGGCGGUGAGAACGCGGACAUCGAUGAAUUCCCCUGGCUGGCACUGUUGGAGUUUGAAAAUUUCCGAGGAGAACGCAAAUUCAGCUGCGGAGGAUCGUUGAUCAACAGUCGGUACGUGAUAACGGCGGCGCAUUGCGUGAUUGGUGAGGUGCAACACAAGGAAGGAGAAUUGGUCAGCGUUCGGUUGGGCGAAUAUGAUACUACCACCGAAAUCGAUUGCAUCGAACAGGAUAACGAAAGAAUCUGCGCCGAUCCGCCGCUAGACGUGCCAAUCGAGGAGAAGCUGCCACACCCGGAGUACAACGAAACGACUAAGCUAAAUGAUAUCGCGCUGUUGCGGCUUAACCGGGACAUUCGUUACUCGGAUUUCGUUCAGCCAAUUUGCCUUCCGCAUGCGGAAUUCAAACAGUCAGCUGCCGGAGAUAUCGCCUUUGUGACCGGAUUCGGGCGGACGCUGAAGGGUGAGUAAUUUUUGCGAUUCAUCUUAUUUUUGGAAAUAUGGUAUCACGUCUUUUUUGUAACAUAUAAAACAACGAAAACAUUAGAGAAGGUUCGACUUUAGUGGCGAUCAAAUUUAUAAAGACUUCAUUAUUUUCAAUAUCGUCGUUGAAACCAGGCCACAGGAGACACGAGGUCUUUCAAAAAGAUUUUUAUGAGUCCAAAUGAUUGAAGGUAGUAAAAAAAAUGAGAAAAUCAUCUUGUUUAGUUCAAAUUGAUGGACCACUGAGGCACCAAAAGAACAAAUAGUUUUCACAGAGUGGCGAAAAAGUUCUGAAAAUCAAAUUACCUGGUUUUCCAUGAUAUUCCCUGAUAUUCCCUGAUAUAUAACAAUAAUUUUUCUGAUAUUUUUAAGCAUUCGACACAAAAAACUGCAACGUGGAUUAACGCAAGACGGAAAUCCCAGUAAAAAAAAUAUCCAUUCUAUAUAUUAUAUCGAAAUGCAUCAAAUUUUAAACGCUUAAGCUAUAAUGU